AUGGCUACUCCCGUGGCGGCGUAUUCACGAGCCCGUCUGCCCGUCACGCGAUUGCUGCGAUGGACACCUCAACGCAUCGAUCCUUCUCGACUAUGUAGGAGAUGUCUCUCGGUGCAACAAAAGCGACAGCAAAACGCUCAGCCAGCCUCCCAUCAAGGGCCCCCUCCCGCCUUUUUGGAGAGAGAUGAGCUCUUCAGCCAGCGCCAUAUCGGUCCCUCACCGCAUGACGAGGUGCUGAUGGUGAAGGCGUUGGAUCCCCCUGCGAAAGACCUAGACGAUUUCAUCCGCCAGACUCUCCCUCCAGAUAUCCUCGCCGGCAGUGAACUACAUCUGCAGAAUGCAUUCAACAAGGACAACACGCAAGGGGUGCAUGAGGUGGGCAUUGAGAGGGAAAUGCUCACUUUGGCGCGGGAGAACAAGAAUUACACGAGUCUUAUCGGCAUGGGAUACUACGGCACGAACACGCCGACCGUGAUCCAAAGAAACGUCCUUGAGAGUCCUGCGUGGUACACAAGCUACACCCCAUACCAGGCAGAGAUUAGUCAGGGCCGUUUGGAAUCGCUGUUGAACUUCCAGACGCUUGUGACAGAUCUCACGGGCCUGACAAUCGCCAACGCUUCGGUGCUCGAUGAAGGCACUGCCGCUGCAGAAGCCAUGACUCUGUCAAUGAAUGCCCUCCCCACUUCGCGACAGAAGAAACCAGGAAAGGCUUAUGUCGUCUCGGAUCUCUGCCAUCCUCAGACCAUCGCGGUCAUGGAAUCGAGAGCGUCGGGCUUCGGCAUCAAUGUUAUCGUGGGCGAUAUCCUGGCAGACGACUUCAAGCUGGUCAAAGAACAAGGCGACAAUCUGAUCGGCGUGCUGGCACAGUAUCCAGAUACUCUGGGAGGAGUGCACAAUUUCCAGAAACUUUCGGAUCUUGUACACGCGGCGGACGGCACAUUUUCUGUCGCCACGGAUCUGCUUGCUCUCACCCUUCUUAAAGCUCCUGGAGAGUUUGGGGUCGAUGUCGCCUUCGGAAAUGCCCAGCGCUUUGGUGUUCCUCUGGGCUACGGUGGACCCCAUGCUGCCUUUUUCGCCUGCAGUGAAAAGCACAAACGGAAGAUUCCUGGUCGAUUGGUUGGCAUCUCCAAGGAUAGAUUGGGCAAGCCCGCUCUUCGAUUGGCCCUGCAAACUCGCGAACAGCAUAUCAGGCGAGAAAAGGCCACCAGCAAUAUCUGCACUGCCCAAGCUCUGCUGGCCAACAUGAGUGCAUUUUACGCCAUCUACCACGGGCCUCACGGCUUGAAAAAGAUCGCCAACCGGAUAUGGGCCAUGGCCAAGUUCGCCCAGGCAGUGCUCAAGCGCAAAGGGUUGAAAGUGAUCAACCAAGGUGUUCGUGAAGACGGCGCCGUGCUUUUUGACACCGUGGUGGUUGAGCCGGCCAGUGUGCAACAAUACAAACAAAUUCUGCGAGUUGCCAGCGAAGAACACGUACUCCUGCGGACCAAUGUCCCCGGAAGCACGCCCGAAGCCCCAAGACUUGCAUUCUCCAUCGACGAGACCGUGAGCAGCACGACUUUGAGGAAGCUGCUCCAGUGCUUCGGUGUGAAGUACGAUGAAUACAUUGGUGGCUUUUCGGAUCCGGACAUCAUCUCAAAAGUGAAUGACGACUCUCUCCCCGAGGGUUUGCGGAGGCAGACAUCUUUCUUGACUCACCCGGUCUUCAACCAACAUCAUUCGGAGACGGAGUUGCUGCGGUAUAUCCAUCAUCUGCAAUCCAAAGAUUUGUCUCUGGUGCACUCCAUGAUACCGCUAGGAUCUUGCACGAUGAAACUCAACGGUACCACCGAGAUGAUGGCUAUCUCAUAUCCGGGAUUCUCCAAAAUCCAUCCGUUCGCCCCCAUUCACCUGACCACAGGAUAUCAGAAAUUGAUCAAACGAUUGUCUCGAGCUUUGGCGGCCAUCACCGGCAUGCAGGAAGUCAGUCUGCAGCCGAAUUCCGGUGCACAAGGCGAAUUCGCCGGGUUACGAGUGAUCAAAAAGUAUCUCGACCAUCAGGACAGUUCGAAAAAGAGAAACAUCUGCCUGAUUCCUGUUUCUGCGCACGGGACCAAUCCUGCCUCAGCUGCCAUGGCAGGGAUGAAAGUUGUUCCUCUGAAGUGUGACACCAAGAGCGGCAACCUCGACCUGAAGGAUCUGGAGGAGAAAUGCAAAAAGCACAAGGACGAACUGGCCGCGAUCAUGAUCACCUAUCCCAGCACUUUUGGCGUGUUCGAGCCCGGCAUCAAGGAAGUGUGCAAGAUUGUGCACGAACAUGGAGGUCAAGUCUACAUGGACGGUGCCAACCUCAACGCCCAAAUCGGCCUAUGCAACCCCGGCGAGAUCGGGGCCGAUGUGUGCCAUCUCAAUCUCCACAAGACGUUCUGUAUUCCUCACGGUGGAGGAGGUCCAGGCGUGGGACCGAUCGCGGUCAAGGAACACCUGCGACCGUUCCUCCCCAUGCAUCCUCACGUUGAUCCGCAUCCGGGCGGGGAAACCCGAGCCACGACAGCCAUCUCUCCAGUCAGCUCGGCGCCUUGGGGUAGCGCGUCCAUCCUGCCCAUCAGUUACGCAUACAUCCAGCUGAUGGGAAGCGCGGGUCUCAAGCACGGCACCGAGAUUGCCCUGUUGAACGCCAACUACAUAAUGUCCCGGCUCCGCCCGUACUAUCCGAUCAUGUACACCAACGCGAACGGGCGCUGCGCGCACGAAUUCAUCCUCGACACGCGCAAGUUCAAGGAGACGGCAGGCGUCGAAGCCAUCGACAUUGCCAAACGGCUUCAAGACUACGGAUUCCACGCCCCGACGAUGAGCUGGCCCGUGGCCAACACGCUGAUGAUCGAGCCCACCGAAUCCGAGUCCAAGGAAGAACUCGACCGGUUCUGCGAUGCGCUGAUUGAGAUCCGCAAGGAAAUCCAAGCCGUCGAAGACGGCAACGCGCCCCGCGAAGGAAACGUGCUCAAGAUGUCGCCCCAUCCCGCCAUCGAUCUGAUGCGCAGCGCCUGGGACCGGCCCUACUCGCGCGAACAGGCCGCCUAUCCUCUCCCGUGGCUGCGGGAGAAGAAGUUCUGGCCCAGUGUGGCCCGUGUCGAUGAUGCGUACGGAGACACGAAUCUCUUCUGCACCUGUACUCCCGUUGAAGGGUACGAGGAGGAAGGCAUCACAGGUCACCAAGCGCCCAUGUCGACAUGA